UGUGUGUGAGAGAGUGUGUGUAAGUGAGAGUGUGUGUGUGUGUGUGUGUGUGUGUGUGAGAGUGUGCGCGCGCGCUCUGUGUUCUUUGUCCUCCAUUGCAGGUCACAGUCUGAGCUCCGCUGUACCGCGCAGGCCCGGAGUAGCGCAGCCGCUCUGAGUUUAAGGAAAGCUGUAUGAAAUGAUGGACGACCACACAGUACAUCAGGCGGAGCACAUGACUACCAUCGAGGCCCAUGCUGUUUCUCAACAGGUUCAUGUGUCUACUUACACAGAGCACGGCAUGCUCAGUGCUGAUGAGGACUCUCCUUCUUCCCCUGAUGAUGACACUUACGAUGACUCUGACAUCCUAAACUCAGCAGGAACAGAUGAGGUUACAGCACAUUUGGCAGCUGCAGGUCCAGUCGGCAUGGCAGCUGCUGCUGCUGUGGCAACAGGGAAAAAACGCAAAAGACCACACAUCUUUGAGUCAAACCCAUCAAUACGCAAAAGACAGCAGACUCGCCUGCUCAGGAAGUUGAGAGCAACACUGGAUGAAUACACAACACGAGUUGGACAGCAGGCCAUUGUUCUUUGUAUUUCUCCGUCUAAGCCUAAUGCUGUCUUUAAGGUGUUUGGUGCUGCUCCACUGGAGAAUGUGGUCAGAAAGUAUAAAAGUAUGAUUCUGGAGGAUCUGGAAAAUGCCCUAGCUGAACACGCACCACCUGGUGGUGGAGACCUGAGCUCUGAACUACCUCCACUUACCAUUGAUGGCAUCCCUGUGUCUGUGGAUAAAAUGACACAGGCUCAGCUCCGAGCUUUCAUUCCUGAGAUGCUGAAAUAUUCUACAGGUCGGGGGAAACCUGGUUGGGGUAAGGAGAGUUGCAAACCUAUUUGGUGGCCAGAGGACAUUCCCUGGGCCAAUGUGCGAAGUGAUGUGCGUACAGAGGACCAGAAACAGCGGGUGUCAUGGACGCAGGCCCUGAGGACGAUUGUUAAGAACUGCUACAAGCAACAUGGGAGAGAGGAUUUACUCUAUGCAUUUGAAGACCAGCAAAUCACACCUCAACAGGUUGCUGCAGCAGCCACACACAGCAUUGCUCACCUGGUGCCUUCACAAACAGUCGUUCAGACAAUCAGUAACCCUGAUGGAACCGUCUCGCUUAUACAGGUGGGCACUGGAGCAACUGUAGCCACACUUACUGAUGCAUCCGAUUUACCAGGCACUGUUACUGUUGCCCAGGUGAACUAUUCUACAGUGACGGAUGGGGAGGUCGAGCAGAACUGGGCAACAUUGCAGGGAGGUGAGAUGACCAUUCAGACCACGCAAGCAUCUGAGGCUACACAGGCAGUAGCUUCUUUAGCAGAGGCUGCUGUUGCUGCUUCCCAAGAUAUGCAGCCAGGAGCAACAGUUACCAUGGCACUCAACAGUGAGGCAGCAGCCCAUGCUGUGGCAACGCUGGCAGAGGCUACUCUUCAAGGAGGUGGACAGAUUGUGUUGGCAGGAGAGACAGCAGCUGCAGUAGGAGCUCUCACUGGAGUGCAAGAUGCCAAUGGUUUAGUCCAGAUUCCCGUGAGUAUGUAUCAGACUGUAGUUACCAGUUUGGCCCAGGGAAAUCGGCCUGUUCAAGUUGCCAUGGCUCCUGUUGCCACACGCAUUGACAACACUGUAACAUUGGAUGGGCAAGCUGUGGAGGUUGUAACCUUAGAACAGUGACACACUUGCAAAUAUGUUGGGUAAAAACCUGUGCCCUUCCAUAAAUGGAUAUUUUUAACAGGGAAUUAAAAGUUAUCAAGGAUUCAUGUUUGUUUUUUAGUAGUGUAAUCGUUAUGUUUCAAAUAAUGUUUGGAUUUUUUUUCGUCCUCUGUGUUUCUAGUCAUAGGAUAUAAAUAGACCAAAUAAAUGGACCAAGUUCAGUGUGGCAGCAGCAGCCCCUGAAUAAAAUUCUUCUACAUUUUUGUCCUCGCCAAAAAUACUUUUUUCAUCUGUUUUAAUAGCUGAAUUCAUUUCAUUGACACGUUGAUUUCUGAACAAUGUGUUUGUGCCAUUUUACUUUUUGUCAUAAAAGUCAUAAAUUGUGCUAUUGUGUUUGCUUGCAUUGUGAUAGAACUGAUGUAGGCCAGCAGAAAAAGUGUACUUUGUGUUGUUUUUGCAUGUGUCACAAAUUAAUCUACAGAAUACAAAUAUGUCCCUAAAUUUACUGAGGUAUUCCUGUUGCACCAAAUAUUUGUUACCAUAGAGUUCAAGUAUUAUCUUACAACUGGAAGGUCACUAAAAUGUCUUUUCACUGACAUUAAACUGAUGUUUAAUACUAGCACACUGUUUAAGUAGUACUAAAAGGAUUUCAAAUCUCCUAUUGACCCUAAUAUUCACAUACUCUCCAUUUUUAAACCAUUUAUAAAUGCUCCAUAAGAUUUUGAGUAUAUGUAGGUGUACUCUGUCACACAUAUUUUAUGAUAUUUGCAUCCUGUAAAUCUAAAUCAGCUCAAUUUGAAUUGUGUUCCUCCACAACUGCUCACUGCCUUAUUUGCUAAUUUAAAUAGCAUUUUUCCUAAGCAUAGUUUCACCACUAUUCUAUGCCAGAAAUAACUCAACAAUUGUGUUUUAUUGUGUAUAAAGAUGAAGCUUAUUCUGUGACUCUAUAAACUUACUUUUAUAACCUUGUUGAUCAUGCCAGCAGCUGUUAAGGUUUGAUAUCAUAUGUAUGGCUGUCAUGCAACUUUUUUUUCCACUUAAUGCAUGGAUGUACUGACUAAACUAAAUUGAUCACUGAUUGUAUCUUUAAAAUUACAAUGUAUUGCAUUUUAUUGCAUAGUUUUUCCUGCAGUGAGGGCAGAUACAACAUCUAUAACAUUACCAGCACACCUGUCAUCCAUAUAACCUUCUCAUUAUGUCCAUAGUUGUUUUUGAUCAUAGGGAACAAAUUAGGUUGCCUUAUAAACUGUGAUCCAUUCCCCAUUUGGCAGUGCCUGAUUUUAAAGCCAUUCUGCUCUUGUGGAGGAGGAGAGUGGAGAAAGCAUGCAUACAGGCCUAACCCUGCAGUAUAUCCAAAUAAUGUCCCAUUCUGCAUCCAGGUUAUUAACUGCAGUAGAUUGUGUAAAUGUAACAUGUAACUGCAGCAGAUCAGUAUAAAAUCAUUUUCUCUUAAUCAAA